AUGGUCUGCGCGUAUGGACCCAGCACUGCAGAGGUGGCCACGCUGCUAGCAACGUUACAUCAGCAGCAGAUCGCAGCCCUUGGGUCGCUGCCGAUUCGGCCAGCGCCCGCUCUCGCGCCGCAUAUGCAGGACCCCGUGUCAGUGUCAGUCAAUCAGAUAGCAGCUGGCGCUGACUGCCAGUGGCGUGUCAAUGAGGUGGCUUAUGUCGCAACUGGCAAGGAGGAAGCAGAGAAGACGGAGGUCCCUGCGUGCAACGUGCCUUCGCUCGUUCGCUUGGCCGGCAAGGGGAACUUGGAAGCUGUCCGAGAUCUGCUCGAUGGUGGUGAGGACCCGGACAUUAUGGAUGACUUGGGGCUAACGGCCCUGCAUGCAGCUGCGAAGAAGGGCCACAACAAGAUCGUCGCGCUGCUGAUUGCGAGGGGUGCUCGAGUGAAUCCCUGUGCAGCAAAAUGGAAAGGCCCGAAGCUGGGUGUAGGGUUUGGGCUCAGUUCCCAACGGUUUGGGGUUUAG